AUGGCCGGCAAGCCUGAGCAGCCGGCCUCUCAUUCAGGCCCGACGCUCCAACAGCCCCAGCAGUUGUCCUCGAUUUCGAGGCAGCCGCAGCUGCAGCAACCGAGCCUACAGGACCAACAGGCGGCCCUACAUCAGAACAGCGUACUAGUCUACGUGGCGGGCGACAACUUGGCCUAUGCGAGCGCGAUCGACCAGCAGAAUGCACUGGCCAGCUAUCAGCAACAGCAGCAUCAGCAUCAGCAGCAGACCCAGCAACAGGUGGGUUUCCUCGGCAAGGAGACUUCGGGUCACGAGUUUGGAUUGUCUGGGUCCGAGAUAGAGUCCCAGGAACCGCUGCGCACCUCGAGCCGCGGUAGCGACGAAGAUUCGGGGCGCUCCCUUGGUCCGGACGACGAUGAUCUCGUCGAUGACGGAAGCUUCGUCGUGUCGCAGCUCGAGGCCGCUGUCGACGGUGAUAUCAUUUACCAGGAUGACGAGCCGGAGCACGAGCAGGACAAGGAGCACCUUAAGCUUCUCAAGCUCUCUAAGGACAUGCUCGAGGGCUGUAACGGCUACUCCGUCAAUGGCGUGUACGCCGCCUCGUUGGGCUUUCCCCUCGACGAGAAAAGCCUCGGGGCAUUUGCGGCUGCAGGCGCGGAGCUGGAGGCCGCCUGCGACGCCAAUGCCAAUCACCAGGUUGCCUUCGUAAGGCAGAACGGAACCGGAUUGACGCUGUAUCAGAAUCCUCUCGUUUCCGACGAGCAGCACCAGCACCAACAGCACCAGCAGCUUCAGCAGCAUCCGCAGGAGGAUCAGCAGCAUCAGCAGGUGCAGGUGCAAGUGCAGGUGCAGGGCGGGGUGAGCUCGGUCAUUAAUACGGGACAGGUGAUAAAGCUCGCAGAGAACGCGACGUUCGCCAACCUUGGCAGCUGUGACUCGGUGAGGUCGGACACUGCCGAGUCGACUUGCAGCAGUCUGAGCAGCCACGAGAGUCAGGAGGUCGCUCUCCAGCAGGCUGCGAGCUUUGUCGCGCAGCAGGCUGCGCGGAACUCCAGUCAGCAGCAACUUUUAGGGGUGCACGGAGUCCUCGACGAUGCCCUUAAUGGUGUGUGCGCGUCGGCUGCGCGGAACUCCAGUCAGCAGCAACUUUUAGGGGUGCACGGAGUCCUCGACGAUGCCCUUAAUGGUGUGUGCGCGUCGGAGCAGCAGCAGCAGCAACAACAACAACAGCAGCAGCAGCAACACAGUAUAUCCGUGCCGCAUGGGUGGAAGAGGAUCUGUACUAAUGGCGUCAUCAUAUAUAUCAGUCCGAGCAGCACGGCGCUGGGUUCGCUGGAGCAGCUCAAGGAGUAUCUGACAACGGCAGGGACCUGCAAGUGCGGCCUCGAGUGUCCGCUCAGGCCCGAGCAGGUCUUCAACUUUGACCCCAAGGUGGCGACGCGACCUUGGAGCCCGAAUCAAGGCAAGGCGCGGGAAAUGACGAAGCUCUGCAACCACAAGAGAAAAAUACAUCAGCAACAACAACAAAGGGCAGAAGGAGCUAGUAGGGGCAGUGGCGGUGGUGGCGGUGGUGGCGGUGGUGGCGGUGGUGGCGGGGGCGGCAGCGUCGGAGGCGUCGGAGGCGGUAACGGCAGCGGCAACGGCAGCGGCGGCGGGAGUAGCAGUGGUGGUUGCAUGCAGCAGGGCCUCAAAAAGAAGAAGCGGAAGCUCAGCGCCGUGAGUGGCCUGUACUCGGGCGUCUCGGUGUCGCAGCUCCUAGCGCAGCGGGAGCGCGUCAUCGCGGCGGCCGUCGCGGCAAAUCCAGCGGGCCACGGAGGUAGCAAUGCCACGGCCCAGAUGCCCGGAUCGUCCUCGCUGUCUAAUGGAUCCCAGAUGUGGCCCGUCACCGUAUCGAACCUCUCUGGAAACAUGGCGCUUCAACAACAGCCCCAACAACAACAACAGCAGCAGCAGCAACAGCAAUUGUUGCAGCACCAACAAACUCUUAAUUCACAACUGGCAUCUAAUCAGCAAGUUCAGCGGCUAAACAAUUCUCACGGCAUGACAACUACGGCCGGCGGCAUGCUAAUGGGAAAUCAGUUGAUCAUGAAUCAACAGGCUACAAACUUUGGCAAUAUUGUACAUCAGCAGCAACAGCAACAACAGCAACAGCAGCAGGUUCAGCAAGUACAGCAAAUUCAGCAAAUGGCAAAUCAACAAAUGCAGCAGGACCAAACUCAAGAACAGCUCCUUUACCAGCAACAAAUGCAACAGCUUCAGCAGAUGCAACUUCUGCAACAGCAGGAUCAGCAGCAACAACAGCAGCAACAACAACAACAACAACAACAACAAAAUCGAUUAUUGGCAAAUCAAAUGCAACAGGUCCAGCAACAGCAGCAAACUAAUUAUCAGUUGAAUCAGCAGCCAUUGCAUAUUAUGCAGCAGCAACAACCUCAACAGCAUCAGCCGCAGAUGAAUCAACAACAAUUCCACAUACAGCCUAUGCAAAAGCAACACGGCGUGCAGCAGCAGAAUAUUGUCGGGGAUAUUGAUCAGCAACAACAGCAGUUGAUCGCCAACUAUGGCCAUCAGCAGACGCAACAAGAUGCUUUCAUCAAUCAAGUACAGGUUGCGCAAAAUCAGCAACCUCAGAUUCAUCCGCAACUUCAGCAGCUACACCAGCAGCAACUUCAACAACAGCAGGUUAAUCAACAAUUGCUACAGCAAGCCGAACAAUUCCAGUUGCAACUCCAACAGCAGCAGCAACAGCAGCAGCAACAGCAGCAGCAAAUUGUACAAUCUUGCGGACAAACGCAAUAUCAAACGCAAAUGCUAAAUAAUCCUGUUGAUACGCUACAGCAAAAUGGCCUGACCGUCAUGAACGACUUAAACGAGCUCCAACUACGGCAGCAACAGAGAUCCGUUGAGGAAUUUGCCCUCAAACAGCAACAGCAGCAACAGCAGCAACAGCAGCAACAGCAACAACAACAGCAACAACAACAACAACAGCAACAACAAUUGCUCUUACAAAAUCAGAAUAUGCAAAGGCAUAACGUAUUACAAACGAAUAAUCAGUAUCCACAAAAUCAGAUAUCUUAUCAAAUGAGAAACUUUGAACCGGCCAAAACAACUAUUCAACAAUAUCAAACGACGCAGCCGUUGCAUCAGAAUCAAAACGUUCAUUUCAAUACACGAACGCCACCCUGGCAACAGCAACAGCAGCAACAGCAACAGCAACAGCAACAACAGCAACAACAACAGAAUAACAACCGAACGAUAAAUAUAAACCAGGUGCAAAAUAUAAAUUGUAAUGAUUUUGAUCGCGUGCCGCCACUGCAUCAUCAUAUACCUCAGGAUAACGUUUGGACAGAGGAGGUUGCCAGGAAGAAGGCGAAAACCGUGAAAAAUUCAUAUAAGAAACAGAGACAACAUGCAAACUCGAUUGAGUUGAGGAGUAUAAACAAUGUGAACAACAAUGGCCUCGAUCAGGGUAUAUCCGGUGAUGAGUUCUCUGAUAAAAUAAAUUCACAGUCUGGUCCCUCCUUCCUGGACGAUCCUAGCGGCUACCUCGCGCAGCAGACUGCCCUCCUGAAUAGCACCAUAUCGCGUCAGACUGGCGUCACGAGCUCGCAGCAGCCACAGCCGACGUCGCUCAUCGGCAAGGCCAACGGCAUGCAACAGUUCCAGCAGGCCAACGCCGUCUAUCUUCCGCAACCAAAGCCUUCCUCGCUCGCUAGUCCCUCGUCCUUGUACAGCAACGGCAGCAAAAACAACCCGACCUCGCCGGUCUUCGUGCACAGCUCGAUGACUCCCAACUCGGCCAGCAGUGCCACGGACUCCGAAGGCGGCAGUCCAAUGUCGUGCCAGAGAUGCGUCACCAGCGCCGACACGCAGUCCUUAUCUUCCUCUACCUCGACGCAGGAUUCCUACAAACAACGAAACGAAGUGCAGAGGCAUCAGUAUUCCAUGCACUCGGAUAUGCCGGAGGACCCGGCCAUUUCCUCCACCUUCGGCGAGAAAUGCAUCCAGCAGAGCACUUGUCAGCAGAGUCAGCAGCAGCUUGACUCGCGGCCCAUUCAGGGCGGCACGGUCAGUACCUCGCACGGCUCCCCCAUCGGCACUAACAGCCCCGCGAACUCGGAUACCCCGACCUCGUCGACCCUCAAUAUUUCUCAACCGGCGACGCCCCAGAGCCUCAUAUCCUCGCAGCCCUCCACGCCUCACGCCUACUCGCAACCGGCGACGCCGCACAUGGCCACCCAGCAGACGAGCUUCACCGAGCAGAGAUCGACGACCCCGUCGGUUACGACCUCCGGAUCGUCGGGCGAUAUCAUGAGCGGCGACAGCCAAACAACCUCAGCGGCCCAGAAGAAAAUUGACGGCUAUCAGUCACAUCCUCAUGCGAUGAACAGUGGCGGCAAUUGUUCGAGAAAUAAUAACAAUGCGUACAACAGCACAUCUUCGGUUAUAACGACGAUGGCAAGUAGUCACACGGUUAGUAGCAAUACCAUCACGUCAGUAUUGGCUGGUCGAGCAAACACUGCGACGGUUUCGGUCAAUACGCCUUCGGGCAUAUCCAAUACGAUUAUGCCGAGUAUACUUACGAGCAAACAACAACAGCAGCUGCAGCAGCAGCAACAACAGCAACAGCAACAACAGCAGGCCCAGCAGCAGCAACAUCAGCAGCACCAGCAGCAGCAACAACACCAAACGAUAUCAAACAUUAAUGUUUCGAAAUCACCGCUGGAAAUGGUGCAAAGUGUCGUAAGCAGUAUACAGGUACCUCAGGUUAGCAAUGCUUCGAAUAAUCAUCAUCAUCAGACCCAGCAUCAAAUUCAUCAUCAACAGCCUCAGCAACAACAACAGGCUAAUGUACAGGUGCAUAACGUGCUGACGUCGAGCGGGAUCCUGAAGCACGCACCAGGCCAGGCGCUGCCACCGGGUCACAUUCUCGUGUCGAGUAACGGCCAGCUAAUAAUGGCAAGUACGGGUGGAGUUAUGGCGCCGCCGCCUCCCAAAAUCAACUCGAUGCCGCCGCUUUCGGUCUCGCCAAUGGUGACAAACGUCACGGGCGCCGUCAGCCAGGUCAUACCAGCGGUUGGUGUCGCCCAACAAGUCAUCGGCCAACCUACCGUUUUAGUCAAUACAAUACAAACGCCGGUAAUCAUUCAGCCGGGAAUGAUGACGAUGGACAGCAUUGGACAGAACGUCCAGAUACCUCACUUGACAGUCGCUACGGGCAAUGUCUUGCAGAAUGCACAGUCUAUCAUCGACGCAUCGAAUCAUCACCAUCAUCAUCAGCAAGAGGUCGCGAGGAACGUGGCCGCGGCCGUGGCAAGCCAGAACCUGGUUAAUCAGCGCCAACAAGCCGGCAUAUCGCCGGAGCAAACUGUCGCCAAGAAGAAGGUGUACAAGAAGCGCAAAAACAACACUCAGACGGUGGCCUCGAUGCUGCACAUCGCGGCGGCCGCCUCCUCCCAACAAAACACUGGCAUGCUCAUGCAGUCGCACCAGUCGAACUUUGCCCAGCAGAACUUCCAGGCGCAGAGCCUCGGCGGCCCGACGAUGCUCCAGGCUCUGACGAUCGUCCCGGGGAAAGGAGGCGCGCCCGCCCAGUUGGUCAUGAAUGGCCAGCCCCAUCAGGCGGCCUCCGCGCACUUCAAUACCCAGCACCAUCAGAUAAUAGCCAAUACCCAGCCCGCCCAGCAAAUCAAUUUGCUCCAGCCGGUCAAUCUGCUCAACGGGACCACUGGCAUGGUACAGAACUUUCCCACGAUCCAGCAGUUCAUCGUCCCGGGACUUGGGAGCAUGGUCAUGUCCGCGGACGGCACGGCUACGCUUCUCCAGGAUGCAGGCAAUAUCGGCAUGCAACUGCAGCUGCAGAACGUCAACGGACAAAACGUCCUUACGCCCGUGCAAAACCACGGUGGUAUUUUCGGACCGAGCCAGAGUAUUUUAGCCGCGGGUCCAGCGGGUAUGGUUAUAAGAGCUCCUCAGGCCACCGGUGGUAAGAUCAUUCAGGCUCAGCACAGUCCAGGAGCUCAGUUUAUUUCGCCCAACAGUGGCCAGUUUCUCGUAAAUGGCACCACAUCCUUUGGCAAUCAGCUCAGCCCCAUUGUCGCGAACGUUGGUCCUAACCAACAAGUGACAUUUAACACGACACAGGUCCGACCGCCGAAUAUUCAAGGUCAACAGGAAUUCAUUCAGAUGAACGGCCAAACACUCAUGGUACCUUGCGCGACGGCGCAAAAUAUAGCUGCGGUCUCCACUUCGCAAAAUCAACAGAACACGACCUUCGUUCAACAAAAUACGACAAUAGUUCAGCAACAAACGACAAUGGUCUCGAAUAAUCAAAUACCUGGAUUUCAAGCAACGGCCGCAACCCCUCAAGCUACUGUCGAGCAUCCAGCUAUGAAUAUUGACCACAACCAAUCUUACAUAUUAAGCGCUGGAAUGGUGACGCAGCAGCAACAGCAGUCGAUUGCGCAACAACAUCAACAGCAGCAGCAGACCCAGCAACAUCAAACACAAAGUCAACAGCAACAGCAACAACAAGCACAACCGCAGCAGCAGCAGCAGCAAUUUAUAUUAGCGACUGGCACCACGAUAGUCGACAAGACUCAGCAACAGUCAGUAUCAGCGACCUCGGCCGCAGCUGCUGCUGCACUGAUGGCGAGGCAUUCGGUGUCCACGCAGACGGCCGCGAAUCAGCCGAAUGCCGCACAAAAUGCACUCAUGAGACAAGGAUCACCACCUGAUACAACAACUCACAGUCCCGGUAAUAGCCAAAGGUCCAAUAGUCCGGCCGUUGAUACGACGACGCAUGGAUCGGCCUCUCCCCCACCACCGGCGAACACGAGGCAACAGUCUUCGACGCCGAUGGUCCACUGUGUAUCGAGCAGUGAGCCAGACUCGGGUGGUGACGCUCAGCUAACUUCGGAGGAGUGGCGAGGAAAUAUCCAAACAAUCGCCAAUCCCGGCAACAUCAAGGAUGGCCAAUUAAAUCAAGCUGCGGCUGGCCAACAAAUCCAGCAGCAGCAACAUCUGCAGCAACAGCAACAACAACAGCACCAGCAGCAACAACAGCACAACAGCAGCAGCAGCAGCAGCACAAUCAGCAAGUGA